GUGCAUUCAGUCUUGUUUUUCCUCCGUGUUUUACGCACACCGAGAUACACCCGCAUAAACGGGAGGCGCUUCACAAACCGCACACAAUUACUUGUGAACGAUUUCACCUUGCAAAAUUAUUUUUCAUUCAUCAAGCAAGGGCGUGCACCGUUACCCUUUACGUUGACCAACGUUUUCGUAUUGCUCUUGUCAUUGUCAUCGUUGAACUCUCAGUGCGAAAGAAGAUGAGUGUCUCGUGCGAAGCGGUGUUCUCCGCAAUCAUUGUCAUUGUGGCGGGAUUGCUGUUCAUCGACCUUGUGCCCCUGCAAGAGACGAUGCGCUGUCCUGGAAACUACACCAACUCCACGGAGUGCCCGGAGGUGUUCUUCUCCUCCACGUAUCAACAGGCGCGUGAUCGAUUUCUCGCUGCCGCUGAAGCCGCACACGGGGCCAUUGAGCAUCAUCUCAUUGCCAGGGAGAGCAGCACGGAGUACUACAUGGACACCGUCUUCUUCGCAGGUAAGCAACCUGGCAAGCUUCUCGUGCACUGCAGCGGUACCCACGGAGUGGAGGGCUACACGGGGAGCGCGAUUCAAGUGAAGCUGCUGCAGGAGUGGAACGAGACGGCGCUGUCGGGGCCCUCCAUACUUUUCGUCCACGCCGUCAACCCUUUCGGCAUGGCGCACUUCCGUCGCUUCAACGAAGAGAACGUCGACCUGAAUCGCAACUACCUGACAGAGGAGGAGUGGAAGCUGAUGCAGGCGCGCGACCCGAACAUCGCCGGGUACGAGGACCUCCGCGCCUUACUCGUGCCCGAUGCAUCUCCUCGCUUUAUCGACAGGUACGUUUUCUUCUUCACCGCCGCCAAGGCGCUCGCGCGCCACGGCUUUGCGAAGCUGAAGCGUGCCUUUGUCACGGGUCAGUACCACGACCCUCAGGGCAUUUACUACGGCGGGGACAGGGAGCAGAAAAGCGUGGCGGUGCUGCGCUCGAUCUUGAAGACGUACGCAGAGGCCGCCAAGGCGACAGAGACCAUUUUUAUCGACGUGCACACCGGCCUCGGCCCGACAGGGGUGGACACCUUCAUGGUGAGCGACGCACACGCAGAGGAGAAGGCAAAGCGAGUCUUUACCGAGGCGCGGGUGCAGAACGACAAGACGGCCUCGCGGGGGCCCAGCAGCGGCUACGACCUCGCUGCAGGGAUUAUCCGCCCGGUUGACGUGCUCGGCGAAGACGCCCUGGUGGUCACCGAGGAGUUCGGUACCGUGAACUCCUUCUUUGUAGCACGCGCGACGGUGCUUGAAAAUGCGGCCUACCGCCUGUGCCGCGGCAGCUACGUGCACGUCGCCAUGCAGACAUGGAUGCGGGACGCUUUCUACCCGCAGGAGAUCAAAUACAAGCAGUCUACACUGAGGCGGGGGUGCGCCGCUUUCUGGCACGCUUUUCAACAUCUCUCCACCGCUGUUGGGCCGAACGGAUGA